GGGACCUGGGCAGACACAGCUCCAGUGGACACUGCGGGCCUAGAGUGACUCCCUUGAAGCAGCCAACAGGGACAAUGGGUAACCAAAUGAGUGUUCCACGGAGAAAUGAAGACCAGGAGAAUGAAUCAGAAACGGAAACGUACAAGGUGACAUGCGAUCAUGAGUGUGGUCAGAAUGGGUCGGCGGUGAUUGUAUCCACCCACACUGUUCAACACUACGAUGAAGUCGAUUUGGGAAUAAGCAUGAAGACAGAUAAUGCGGCUGCUUCUUCCCCCAAGACAAUGGACAUAAGUGCUGCGGCCGAUGCCAACGGAAAGAAUCUUGGGAAAGAGGCCAAAUCCGAGGCACCAGCUGCUAAAUCUCGUUUUUUCUUGACGCUCUCUCGGCCAGUACCAGGACGUCCCAGAGACCAAGGCUCGGAUUCAUCCCCGGGAGCAGCGAAGCUUGAUGUCAGCUCCAGUGAAGCGCCACCAAACAAAGCCCCGAGUGAAAGUGUGGCACUUCCCGUGGCAGCUGCACCAGGGCCCGACACAGAUAAAACCCCAAGGCAGACCCCAGCCAAGGACGAGGGCCUCUCUGCCACCUGGGCUCUGCCACCUGCCCCACCAGAGUCAGGGGAAACAGCCCCCUCCAAACCCAAGGACUUCAACUUUUUUGAGAAAUUAUUCAAGCUGGACAAGGGACAGGAAAAAGCAUCAAACAACAGCCAACAAGAAGCAAAGAGGGCAGAGCCCCAAGACGAGACUGAGGAGAAUCCUGGAUUAGCCAAUCAGCCUGUUGGAGUCCCUACCGGGGAGGACCUAGCUGCCGGGGAGGAAGAAGGAGGAGGCGGAGGACAGGAAAUUGGAACUUUGAGCUGCUCUGUCCCUGACGGCCCAGACGAACCAGAAGCUUCAAAGGCCGACUUUCAGUGCACAGACACGACUGAGGAUAACAGUCGCAUCAUGAGUUUCUUUAAAACUCUGGUUUCUCCUAACAAAACUGAAGCAAAAAAAGAUCCAGAAGACACGGCACCCAAAGCAGAAAUUGUGUGUGAUGGACACGCCGGUCAGAAGACAUCCGAGACUCAGGCCAAAGGCCCCAAGAAAAAGCAGCUGGAUAGCCCCAGCCUAGGACUCGCCUUUAGGAAGUUCUUUAGGCAUAAGGGUGCUGUUCAGUCACCCACCACCUCCCCUGACCUCAAGUCAGACAAAGCAGACGCUGUGCCCUCCGAGACCCCGGGGCCAGCCAAGGGUGCCAAAGGCUGCAACCCUGCAACUCCCUCGCAGCCUGGGACCCCUCCGGGGACCACCAAGGACAGCACCAAGGAGAAACCAGGGCCCAUGGCCUUGCCUCUGGGGAAACUCUUUUGGAAAAAGUCAAUAAAAGAGGAUUCAGUCCCCACAGUCUCCCCAGGUGCAGAGGAGAAAGUAAUGUGUGAUGCACCAGUAGAGGUUCCAAAGUCGGAGGAAGUAGAGCCAGCCUUGCAAACCGUGGAGCUCAAUGAAGAAGAGGUUCCGCCAGAAGACAUAGAAGUUAAGAGAGAAGAAAGGAAGCCACCACGAACCUCGUUCAUGGCGUUUCUCAGACAAAUGUCAGUGAAAGGGGAUGGAGGGACCACUCGCUCAGAAGAAAUAAAUGGGAAAGACUCCAGCUACCAAACCUCAAACUCCACGGAGAAGGCCGUCUCGCCACCAGAGCCGGAGCCUGCGGGAACAACCCCCACGGGCAGAGAGGGCUCCUUGAAGGACAAGAAGUCAGCUGGGGAGACGAGCAAGCGCAAGAACAGCAAGCAGGAAGCCAAAGCCGCGGCCCAGGACCCUGAGCAGGCCGUGGUGGAUGGGAACGCCCUGCAGAAUGGGGACAGGCCCCAGAAGAGAGCUGAGAAGCGGCGACAGUCCCUCGGGGGCUUCCUCAAAGGCCUGGGACCCAAGCGGAUGUCAGAUGCUCAAGUGCAAACAGACCCUGUAUCCAUCGGACCAGUUGGCAAAAACAAGUAAUCAGAUCCCCCACGGUGCCCGCCAGGUUCUCUGGUUCCCCACGUCCUCCCCAGACACACUCCAUGUACAUAUUUCUCUUCGGAUGCCCGUCCCGUGACACCCCACCUCCGGACGGCCUGCGCUGCGGCUGUGUAUUGCCGGUACUCUCCGCGUCUUGGUUCGUCCGGUCUUUCUGACAAACAAGUGUCAAGGUGGAUGAGCAGGUGCACCAGUCAGGUCAGAAGGGUUCUGAGGCAAGUAGGGUGGUGACAGAAAAACGCCAGUGAGAAGGAGGGAGCUUUGGGGUGGAUGUGCGCUCGCACCUUCAGCCCGGAGAGAGGAAACCAGACCCCAAGUGUCCAAAAUCACAUUUAAAGGAGGGUAAACAUGGGCUCUGCCUUGGGCAUUUGCCAGUUCUCUGGAAUGGAAUGUGUGACCAAUGAAAAAGCAGUGAGUGAGAGUGGUCUUUCAGACAGGGUCCCUGAAAGUUACCGACCAGAGGGAAGCAGAUAGACUGGAAAGGGCUUGAAACAAUUUGGGAAAACAAUUGCCUCUUGAACGAGGCUCAGGAACCGGGACCAGCCUAACUUCAAAAAACAAAUAAAGGAAGUUGCGAUUUAUUUUCUCACCACCAGGGGGCACGCCAGGGUCUCCGUUUUAAUUCUGCUUCUCGUGGCCCUAACAAAGUGGUUGCUACAAGCUUGCUUUACUUCUGUUCCUCGGAUAUCUGAGGGACCUGCUGUCCGUUCUGUUCUGUCUGACGCUUAUCUGUGUAUAAUUUCCUAAUGUUCCCUGGAUGUGUUCUGAUAAAACCUCCCCCUAACCCCAGUUAAUAAAAAUUGACAGAAGAUU